AUGAGAGAUGUCCUCCCACAACAUCUUAUCGACAAUGCCAUCAUGGUGUUUACCGAUUGCACUGAUCUCAAUUGCGUAUACGGUGAUAUGACACUUGCAACACUCAAAAACAACAAAAGAUUCUAUAUGAUGAACUCUGCCUUUUUCAACAGUCCCUCCCUAUACACAGUGGUUGGUGGAUUGUAUUACACUCGUUACUUGAGCGAGUAUAAUGGAGCAAUGCACACCAUUGACAACAUUCUCAAAACCAUUAUUAAUAAUGGUGAUAAUCCAAACAAUAAUACUACUAUCAAUCCACCUCCCAAAAUAACAACUCCAACUCCAUCUCCUACUCCAUCAACAACCAAUUCUAGAAAUCAUCAUAAAAAUAAUAGAGAUCGAGAUAAUAGGGAUAAUAAUAACAAUAAUAGUGGCAAUGGUAUUCAACAACAAGUUGACCAACUUCAAAAACAAGUUAAAGAGCAAGAACAAGAAAUUCUGCUACUUAAACAUCAAGUAGCACGUCUAUCAAAAAUAUUACCACUUGAUCAACAACUACAACAACAAUCUUUGGUUGAACAUCAACCACCUCAACCACAACAACAACAACAACAAAGUGGCCCAAACAUAACUACACGUGUAUGCAAAGGUUGUUCUACAUCAUUUACCAUUGCACAUUCAGAAAAGUCACACUACGAUUCCAAAAAUUUAAGUUGGCCAAAGAAAUGUCAGUCAUGUCGUCAAAAGAAACCAAGAGGAGGAAGGGGAUCAAGUGGAAUCCCAGGUGGAGAUGACUGGUGGGAAUAA